AUGAAAGUGUCUAAUUUAACCAAUACAUACCUUAGAUUUGAUGUAAAAUUUAUUUUACAAUGUUUAGUUCCUUCUAUUAGUAUAGAAUCAUUAAAACGAAAUCACUCAAUACAUAGUUUAACAACAUCUCAUAAACCCUAUAAUGAAACAACAUUGAAAACGUCUGAUAAUCAAUUAAUUAUACCGAAUUCAAUUGGUAUACCACAUAUUAUUGGUAAUGGAUUGACAACAAAUAAUGAUGUUAUAAUACAAUCAUCAAUGAAAUCAGAUUUACGUCAAAUAAGAUUUCCAUCAGUUGAUAGAAUUCCAAAUUCAAGUACUAAACGGACUUCAAGAAUUUCAACGUCUACAUUUUCAAGUAAUCGAAGUACAAUAAGUAGUAAUGCACGAUUCGAUAUUGAUGAGAUGAUUUUUACUCUUCAUGAAAAGGCGAUUCAUAAUUAUCGUGAAUUACGUUAUAAUUUUAUUAUAAAUGAUCCAAUGGGUAUAGGUAAUUUACGAAGAGAAGCCCUUGCUCGAGUCUUGACACGUUUAUUAUUUUAUCCUGUUAAACAAAAACAUAUAACUCAAUUACUUAGUCAACUUGGUUUCCCUAAAAAUAAACAGAUAAUUAAUUUCACAGAAUUUUAUACAGCAUUAUGUCCUAGAAACAAUAAUAAUACUAAUAGUCAUUAUCAUGAAUACAACUCAACUUCAAUUAAUAAAACCGAUGAUUUCUAUCAUAGUAGUAAUAAUAAUAAUAAUCACAGUAACUUCUCAAACAAUGAUAAGCAACCAGUUCCUAUGAAACAAACAAUAACACAAAUUGAAAAUAAUAAUAAUACGUUAGUACCAGUUAAUCAAGCUGAUAAAUCAAUGAAUCACCAUGUUAAUAAUGCCAACAAACAGAAUUGGUCAUUUCUUACUGAAUUACCACAAGAUGUUUCAAGAAAGUCAAAUUUUUUAUUAGCACAUCAAGUGAUGAGUAUACUUAGGCAACGUUUAUUAAAAGGUACACUUCAAUUAGAUAAUUUGUUCAAUUUAAACAAUUACGAUGAACAGAAUCAAUUAAUUCAACGUAAUGAAUUAUUUAAUCAACUUAAACGACUUGGAUUAUAUUUAUCGAAUAGCGAAUUUUUAAAAUUUUGGAAAAGAUUAAGUCCGAAAAAUGAACCAAACCUACCAAUUGAAUGCUUUCUAAACCAUAUGAAUUUACGAAAUAAUAAUGGUAUUAGUACUGAUCAUAACAAUAAUGAGCUACAGUCUAACGAAACACUUUUAGCUAUCACCGACAACACCGUGAAAUCAUCAUCAUCAGCAGCAGCAGCAAAUAAACAAACAAUCUCUUCAGUAAAUAAAAUUAUUCCUAACUUGAUUAAACUAUUUAAUAAAGGUUAUCAUAAUGUAUGUAAAGCUAUUGAACAUUGUACAAAACAAUAUAUUCAUAAACAUGAAGCCAAUUCAACGUCGUUAAACAAUAAUGAUCUACUUAAUCUACCUAAUGGUUAUACAAAUUCGGAUAUAUUUUUAGAAACAUUAAAAUAUUUAAAAUUAACAUUAUUAAAAAAAAUACAAAUUGGAGCAUUUUUUACACGUUAUGGAUUAACAAUAACAAGCAAAGGAUUAUUACCAUAUGCUGAAUUAUUACGACGUUUUCAAGAUCGUACUGAAGCUGGUGUAUUACAUCAAAUGUUAACAUAUUCAUUAAUUCAUAGAAAAGGAUCUUUUGAUGAACAAAAUGAAAAUAUCAUAAAACUUGAAUAUGAAUUAAUAAGAAAAUUUCAUCGAAAUUUUUUAACUUUACUCAAUACAUUUCGGAAUUUCGAUUUGCAACGUUCCGGUACUGUUAGCCCAGAAAAUUUUCGAAUUAUUCUAUUCAAUCAUUAUGGUUAUGAAUUUACAAAAGAGAGUUUCAAUGAAUUUUUAAAUUUGUUACCAUUAGAUAUGAAUGGAAAUGUGAAAUAUGCAGAAUUUAUGCGGCAAUUUAAUUUAAAAAGUGAAACGUGUGAACCAUUAUUAGAACAAGGAUACAAUGAUCAAUGUCAAUUUGACAACUCUAACCUAUCAUCUACUAUCACAUCAAACAAUACAAACAAUAACAAACAACAAUCAUUAAUUGAACAAACUGAAUAUAAACCAACUAAUGAAGCUCAAGAGUUAUCCGUUAAUCCUAUACCUCCUAAACAACGUACGUUGAAAGAAUUAGAACAAAUUAUUCGUGAAGCGCUAAAAUCAAAUAUUCAUGAAAUUGAAAAUAAAUUUUAUGAAUUAGAUCAAUAUAAUUCAGGUCGAUUAACCCAAGAACAAUUAUAUCAAUUACUUAAAGUUUCCAAUAUUCGACCAGAAAUAACGCGUGGUGAAAUAAGAAGAUUAUGGCCAGAAUUUUUUGUUGAUCAAAAACAUUGCUUAUCAUUUCAUGAAUUUAUGCGACAUUUUCUUUACCGAAAAUCAGAAGCUGCAUAUCCAAAUGCUAAAUUUGUACCUCCGCGUCUAGGUGAUGCUGAUUUAAUGCCAUGUUCAAAUAAACUGAAUGGUGUCACUUGUUUGAUAAAGGAUUCAUUACGUGCAAAAAUAGAUUUUAUGUUUGAUCGUUUAUAUAAAGAGUUUAUUGAAAUGGAUCCUAAAGGAACUGGAUUUAUAACACCUAAACAAUUGAAUGAUAUAUUAAUAGAAUUAUGUUUACAAGUAUCUGACAGAGAAAUAGAUGAUUUAAUUGAAAAGUUUGAUAUACAUAAAGAUGGAAAGAUAUCAUAUCUUGCGUUAUUACAACCUUUCAUAAGAAAUCGUUUGCUUAAAUCAGACUUAAUACAUAAUAAACCGGUUAUACAUAACUUAGCAAACAAGAUACUUGGUGUACAAGAAGUGAACAAAUUCAAAUCAUCUUUACUACCAAUAUUAAAUGAAGUUCGACCAAAAGUACCAAUUUCUCAAUUAAAUUGGAAUAAAAUGCUUAGAUCAAUGCAAAAAGCUGAUAAAACAAAUUGUGGUCGUUUAGAUGCUCCAAUAUUUAGAGAAUUAUAUCAAUAUGGUACUGGUGUACAUUUAACAGAUGAACAAGUUUAUCAAUUAUUAACAACACUUGAUCCUAAUAUAUCUGGUACUUUACCAUAUAAACGUUUAAUUGAAGAUACACAAUCUAUAAUUAAUCAUUAUGAAAGUAAAUAUUCAUGUAAGUUACAGAAAAUAGAAGAGAAUUGCUCAAAUAUGAAUGAACAUAAUGAUAAACAAAUAGAUAAUCAAGGAGAUCAUUUGAAUAUGAAUUAA